ACGAUCGAUUCAGACAUCAACACGCUCCAUAUCGGCCCGACAGCAGUUCAAAGCAUCAUCAGAAGCUUUCCGAAACCGGGGUAACGCAUUUCCCAAAUUUUCAACACCACAGUCAUCGAUCACCAGACGCUUGAUAUCGACGUCCAGGCCUCAUUUCCAACAACUCGGAUCAGCUGAAGGACUCUCGAAAUCUUCAAAAUCUGCAAAAAUGUCCGGCAAUGACCAUUUCCUCACGCUGUCUUGCCCAGACAAGGCUGGCAUUGUGUACGCCGUCACGGGUCUCCUCGCGAAACAAGACCUCACAGUCCUGGACUUGCAACAAUUCUCGGACCCAGCAUCGAAAAUGUUCUUCAUGCGCGUCCAUUUUGGCCACUCUCCCGAUGUCUCUACACUCCAGGACUCGCUAUCCAAACUCGCCCAGGAAAUGAGCAUGACAUACGACAUCCGACGUGUGGACGCAAAGCCCAAAGUACUGAUCAUGGUCUCAAAAAUCGGCCACUGCCUCAACGACCUGCUCUUCCGCGUGAAGUCUGGUCAGUUGAAGAUCGACAUCCCGGUGAUCGUAUCCAAUCACCCGGAGUUUGCAGAUCUCGCCAAAUCAUACGGCAUUGAAUUCCACCAUCUGCCAGUAACAAAGGACACCAAAACGCAGCAGGAGACGCAGAUUCUCGAUCUCAUCAAGCAGCACAACAUCGACCUCGUCGUGCUCGCGCGAUACAUGCAGGUCCUGUCCCCGCGCCUGUGCACGGAGAUGUCGGGCAAGAUUAUCAAUAUCCACCACUCUUUCUUGCCGUCGUUCAAGGGCGCGAAGCCGUAUCACCAGGCGUAUGAGCGUGGUGUCAAGAUUAUCGGUGCGACGGCGCAUUUUGUCACGGCGGACUUGGACGAGGGCCCGAUUAUCGAGCAGCGUGUUGCGCGUGUCGACCAUGCGCUCAGCCCGAAGGAGUUGGUCGAGGAGGGGAGCAACGUGGAGAGCCAGGUGCUUGCUGCGGCGGUCAAGUGGUGGAGCGAGAAGAGGGUGUUCUUGAACGGCGCGAAGACUGUUGUGUUCAACUAGAUGGGUUGGUGUUUCUAUAUACAAUGAAUGGGAAAAUCUCGAUGAUUGAAACGGUGCUCAAGUAUGUUUGAUGGUCUUAGGGAGUAAUGGUGUGCAAUAUCAUUUACCGGUAUUUGACGAAUUUUCACUCAAUUCGAAAUUGCUAUCUACGGUACCUACAGACUCACAAACAUGUCGA